AUGAGCAAAGUUUGUCUCUUGAACAAAAGAUUUUUUCAUUUCUCUCGCAUCUCGAGAAAGGAAAUGUUUUCACAGAGAUUUAGUCCAACGACAGGCAAAAUGGAGUGGGUUGUCGAAGAUGAAGAUUAUGACAUGCGAGACGAAAUAGCGAGGUGAUCACUCGAUUUGAAGUAUUCACGUGGUGUUUGUAUUACCAUUUGCCUAAUUUUACUUUGCGACUUUUUAUUCCACUCACAGGUCAGCUUAUACAGACAUGCUUCACGAUGAUGAAAGGGUAGGAAAUCAUUAAUGAUCUGCGAUCGUUUGCCAAAGUGUAUUUGCAAAUUUAAACAUAUGACAUGAUACAGUGUAUGUCAAUUUCUCACUCAUAUAGUCUAAUGAUUAAAGCGACAGGAUAUGCAAUGGAAAGUUCUCAGUUAUUUGAUUCAUCUGAUCUGGCUGCCAUUCUGUAUUAGAUUAUUUUCAAGUUUAGGGUUGAUGUAUUUUAAUGAGAGAUUAGAACUGAUGCAUGUGUGAAUGCAGCUAAUUAAUUAAUAGUAUGUAGAAUAUUAAAGAUAAUUAUGAAUGAAUGAGUGAGUUAAUGAAUGAAUGAAAGGAAGGAAGGAAGGAAGAAAAGUGAUUGAGAUUCUCAUUUGCAUACAAGAAUAAUAAUCACCUGUCUUCAUACCCUUCAACAGAUCUUCUUUGCUCUAUGCUCAUAACCUGUACCACAGAUGGAACUGAUCAUGAACUUCUGGUUAACAUGACGGGCUUUGCUCACCAAAAAAAAUUAUGCAAAUUAGGCUAAGGGUAGAUUGAAUCUACCCAUGGCUUAUGAUUAACUGAAACGGGAGAUCACAAUUCGCGCCUUCAUACGACUGAGGUGUUACUUUGGAAUCCUCGGUAAUUACUUUUUUCGCACUUGCCGGCAUCCGAUAACACCCGGCGUGGGAAUCACGAGACGUGUAAAUAAGUCAUUUCUUGACAUAAUAAAAAGGUUUUCCAGAUACGGGCGCGCAUUUGUUGGCUUUACUCGCGUGGAGACACACGUCAACUGUUACUUCUCACGCGAAAUAGUAUUCAAGGCAUAGCUCUACUGUAAAAAAACCCCGCUCUUUAUUGAUCACACAACCAUAAUUAUAGAAGGCGAUAGCAAGAGAAAUAACUAUCACUCGAAUGGGAUAAUCGAAGACCAAGAACCAAACCUUAACGAGAGCGGGGUUUAUAUCUGUUACUAAAGAGAAAUUGAAAAUGAAACAUAAACCCUUUGCCGACUUAGAAAAUAUAACGAGAAGCUAAGGUUUACCACCCGAGAAACAUUUUAAUGACCGCCUAAAUCUAUAUAUUCUUACGGGAGGAAUGAAAUUAUUUGCAAUUAUGUCGAUCAAACAGUAUACUAUCUUCUGUCUAUUACUGUGUAGUCGGCAGGAACAUUACACAAAACGGCGUCAGCAACGAGGUUCGAUGUGAUAAAUUAAAUACAUUUACUUACCUGUGAUAAAUUAAUAUUUACUCAACGAGAAUGAUUUAAUCCCAGAGAAACUACGAUUCCCGAAACAGGAACAUUUGGAAUUCUUGGACAUCAGUGACUACAACCGACUUAUAACAGCUUCAUUUUAAUAGCGACUUGAGACUGACUUGAUUCUAUAAUAAUAAACCGUGAGAUCUAACGCAAAGCUCACAGGGCACGGCGAAGGGAAGGCAACCAGAGGGUUUGAAGUAAUCUCGGGAAGUUAACCCUAAGAUUCUAUUUUGCUAAAAGUAAUGCUUUGAUUUAUUUAACGUACGAUAAUUGACUCGGUUGUGUUUUACAAACACACUUUUUUUUGCAACCCAAGCUUCUUAAUUAAGCCAGAGAAGGGAAUUUUUUGUCGUCGAUUUUCAUUGACAAAAUCAUUUGUAAGAACUAAUAGACAUAUGAGUGUUAUAACUUUUCAUUUGAUGUUUUACAGUACGGAUAGCUCGGUAACAAGCGGCAAGAUAAUUUUUGUUUUUAUAACAUACAUAUAAUUAUUUGUUAUCAUGAUUUUGGUUAAAACAAUUUUGUCACAGUGUGUCGCUGAAAGUUUAUCUCAUUGCCCAAGCAAUAAUUGUAACUAAAGUAAAUUCUAUGUGAAUUUCUGAAAGAAAACUAAAGCAAAUCAGUGUACACUCCAUCACCUGCUGCAAAUUAUAGCCCUGUGUCAAAGAAAAAUAGUUUUAAAUCACUCAAUAAAGAUGUUGAUAAUAAUAGCAAUAAACAAUAAUAAUAAUAAUCCGAAACAGAACCAGUUAGUACAAAAUGAAAAUGAUGAAAAUUAGGUCCUGUCAUCAGAUAACAACCGUCCACAAAUGAACUGACUACCCAAGAGAAACAGAACCAGUUAGUACAAAAUGAAAACUGUGAUGAAAAUUAGGUUCUGUCAUCAGAUAACAACAGCCCAUAAAUGAGCUGACUACCCAAGAGAAACAGAACCAGAAAGUACAAAAUGAAAACUAUGAUGAAAAUUAGGUUCUCUCAUCAGAUAACAACAGUCCACAAAUGAACUGACUACCCAAGAGAAACAGAACCAGUUAGUACAAAAUGAAAAUGAUGAAAAUUAGGUCCUGCCAUCAGAUAACAACAGUCCGUAAAUGAACUGACUACCCAAGAGAAACAGAACCAGUUAGUACAAAAUGAAAACUGUGAUGAAAAUUAGGUCCUGUCAUCAGAUAACAACAGCCCAUAAGUGAACUGACUACCCAAAAGAAACAGAACCAGUUAGUACAAAAUGAAAAUGAUGAAAAUUAGGUCCUGUCAUCAGAUAACAACAGUCCGCAAAUGAACUGACUACCCAAGAGAAACAGAACCAGUUAGUACAAAAUGAAAACUGUGAUGAAAAUUAGGUCCUGUCAUCAGAUAACAACAGCCCAUAAAUGAACUGACUACCCAGGAGAAACAGAACCAGUUAGUACAAAAUGAAAACUGUGAUGAAAAUUAGGUCUUGUCAUCAGACUACCCAAGAGAAACAGUACCAGUUAGUUUAAACUAAUAAUGAUAAAAAUUAGGUUUUGUCAUCAGAUAACAACAGCCCAUAAAUGAACUGACCACCCAAGAGAAACAAAACCAGUUAGUACAAAAUAAUUAUGAUAAAAAUAAGAUUUUGCCAUUAGACAACAAAAGCCCAUAAAUAAACUGACUACCGAAGAGAAACAGAAUAAUAAAGCUAAAUGUUUUCUUUAAAUUGAAGUGACCAGAAAACAGAAAUACCUCACUGUAUUGGGAAUAAUUUGACUAAACACAAACUUACCUCAAGUCUAAUAUCACUAAUAUGUAACUUAGGUCCGUAACAGAAUUUACAAGGCCAUCCGGUGGAAUGAUAUUCUGGCGAAGAAGAUCAGUGAUCAAACGAACGUGGAAGCGACGUACACAGUAGCUGGCAUCAUGUUGAAUUCCACUUCGGCAUAGGCCGAUUUGGUGGGUUCAAGUUCCCGCGUUGCCACGUCUUUCGUCAGGAAAUCUCCUAAAUAUUUCAUUUUUGGAGAAACCCAUCGGCCGGACUCCACAUAUUUCUUUUUUGAGUGCAUGCCAAUGCUUUUGGGGGUUGUAACCCUCAACAGACUCGAAAUGGGAAAUGAAGACUCAUACCGUCGACGGUCGCCUUCACUUCAAAUGGUUUCGAAAUCAAAACCACAGCGCUUUUGAACUUUGAAAGUCUAAGGUAGAAUAUUAAUUAAUUAGUAAGAAUUUAACUCGGUUACAUCGCAUGAUCGCUGCCUGACCCUCAAAAACAAAAAAAAUCGCACAUGUACGCUGCCGUCCAUUCAUUUGAGCGGCACUGGAAACAAGUUUUUGUGGCACUUUGUCACACAUUUCCACAUGAAGUAGGGGUCGCCCCUUCAAAAAUUUUCUCAAAGUGACAAAGGAAAUAUAAAAUGCUUUAAGGUAAUGUCUUUUAAGCCUGGCGUGCCCCGUCCAAAUCACCGGCAGUCCGAUCUGGAUUUGUUUAUGAUGUAAAUCACUUUCUACGGGUAGAUGACGCGAGCUUUUAUUUUUAAGAUACAUUUCGAAUGAUCAAAAUCUUUUUCAUUUUAAACAGAAAGGUCACGCCGCAAUAAAACGGUUGCGUGGGAUGCUGGCUCCUCGCCUCGCCUCGCGCUCAAAUGACGCGUCUCUCGCGGAUACUUGGUGUCUGGUUUACUUAUUAUGUUCCGGUCUUAAUUAAUUUUAUGACACCAAGCAAACACCUUUCUAUCGCGUACCAGGGCAUCAAUUUCCGGCGCCUGCUGAGAUUUUUUUUCUUGAGCAAAGCUCCUCAUGCCGUCUGCAAAAAAGCGCCAAAAUCCUUGUUCUCGGCCCCCACCUGUGUACCAGGAUUUGAGUACACACAAUGAUUGGCCUGUUAAAAAAGCCAUUGUCAAUUUGCCAGUCAGGUUGAAAGGAAAUUUGAAAUUCAUUUUGGAUAAAACCUUUAGACUGUUGGGGGCCAAGAAUUAGCGAACAAGGAUACAUUGUAUAUAUUGGGGUGCUUCACAGACAUUUACUGACUGGGGAUAUAAUAUAUUAUAUAUUAUAUUAUAUUAUAUUAUGUUCUUUGCCCAUACGAGAUUUUGUGAUCUCAGAAAGGCAAUAUAAUUAUUUCAUCCUUAUAAAUAGUACCAAUAUAAAAAGAGAAUAUCCCCUUGACCUUCCUUCAACCAUGACAGAUUGCAUGCUGACCCUGGCUGAACAUUGAAAUGUUGAAUAAUAGUGCUAUCAACCUGGCUACAGUUGUUCAAACUUUGGAUAGAGCAAUUGGCCAGAUAAACCCCUCUCCAGAGGACCCAGGUGCAAGUAUGCUGUAUCAAGUAAACCAAUUGCUUUAUAAAUUGCAUAGAGAAUUAUCCAGUGGCUAGGUUUAUCCACCUUUUGAACAACUGCAGGGCCCAGAUAAAUCACUACCCUGUGGAUAAGUACAGUAUACCAGGGAAUCCUUCAAUCUUGGACAAAAAGUGUUAAGAAUUUUGCACUUUCCUACUCACAGGAGACCCACCCUGCAAAUUUGGCACCAUGGUGACCCCUCCCCUCACCUCUCUCUGGUCAAUGUUAUUUAGCCGGGAGCAAAAAUGUUCCGGCCACACUUCAACUUUGUUUUUUUGAGUGGGAGGGAGAAUUAUCUUGAGUGAACUGGGCUUUAGAGGGAAGUAUUCUAAAAUUAGACACACAAGUUACAUGCAUUUUUCGUAACAUUUUUGUCCAAGAUUGUAGCUGGUAUCCAUAGAAAAGAGAUUUAUCCGACAGAUAGUAUUGUCCACAUUUGGAACAGAAAGAGCCUGGUCUAUGGAACAGGAGAUCACCAACUUGAUCCCCAGGGCUAAACUAAUUCGGUCUUAAAAUAACUAAGAAAUAACGUUUUUACUGCCAUUACCCUGCCCUGCUAGGCUAGGCCUUCUUUUGCGAUUUACAUGUACCAUCACUCUGUGGUUGUCAUAGAACUCUCCAGUUGGAGAUGACCUCCUAAAAACAUUGGCUAUUAAAAUAUUGAAAUAGGUUUUCAAGUUCAGUUGUAUCUUCUUUAUUGGGCAAAAAUGUUAUAAAAUGAAGCAUGGUCUGUUGUAAUUUCGGCAGCUCAUAUAUUCCUUAUUUUCAUUACCAACACCCUACAUUUUUCAAUUUUUGUUUUAUAGAACAAAAAGUACUAUCAGGCCACUAUACAGGCUGUGAAAAAUCUUAAAGUAUCUAGAAAGAAAGUACAUAUGCUGGAUAUUGGAACAGGGACUGGACUUCUGGCUAUGAUGGCUGUGCAGAGUGGAGCAGAUAGAGCCACUGCGUGUGAGGUUAGGCAUAAAUUAACAUCAUCUUCUUUUUCUUAAAUGUAGUUUAAAGAUAAAGUUCCAGUUCACUAACAUACUGACAACAACACUAUAGAGGUUAGAAGAGAGUUUAAAAAAGUUGAAUUUCUCAUUCCAUGUUUCUUGAUGGCUGUACUUUGUACUUUGUGUUUUCUUUUUGUGCUGUUUCUGAGGGCAUAAUGAAUAUAUUUUAUUGGCCUUUGUUACAAUGCAAGUAGAUUAUUAAUAUUAUUAUUUUUUAUCAUUGCAGGCUUAAGCGACCGGUUUUUUAUAUUACUUGAUUGACGCAUGUUGUUUGAAUAAUUCUCACAAGAAAAUUUCAUUGUUCUCGACACAGGCAUUUAAACCAAUCGCCAGUGUUGCCAGUGAUAUUGUGAAAAAGAAUGGAUUUGGUGACAAGAUCUCUGUUGUUGGAAAACGAUCAACUAAGUUAGAUUUGGAGAAAGGUAGAACCUACAGUAGUAGUGUAUAGAAUAUUAGGUGUGGUUGUAACCAGUAAAUAGUGAGAAUUAAGAAGAGGAUGAGCAGGCAGAGUCUUGUGUGGUUAUUUUUACUUUCUUUUUCCAAAUUGUAGUUAAAAUUUAGGAUGAAUGCACUAUACAGGGACACAUUAAACACUGUGAAUACCAUAUUGUCAUUUUUAGAAUUUGAGCUCACUUACAUGUAUAUGGUAUAUACUGUGUUUCAAAGUAAUGAUUUACAUGUAAUAAGCUGAGCCUGCUUUAUGUUUGACCUCACACCAGUUCUACAGCUUGAUUUACUUUGCUUUAUUUAAAAAAUAACAGAUGUAGGUAGCCCAGUUAAAGCUAAUUUACUGGUGACAGAAUUAUGGGACACAGAACUCAUUGGUGAAGGAGCAUUGCCAACCCUCAGGGAUGCUUGCAAUCGUCUGCUUGAGGUUGGUAAAGCAUGUAUUUCCUUAUUAACUAUUUACAUUGUAUUGCUUGCUUCAUAUAAUCAGGCCCUUUAUAGAGGGGUCAUAACAUACCAAAAGGCUCAACAAGGCCUGGGACUUCUUUUAGAUGUGAAAGGAACAAAAAAUUAAUGCUUGUUGGAAAAUUGGAUGUCCCCACCUCUAAAGCAGAAUUGCCACCUCUGGAGAAUAGAUCUGUCCCUCACCCUCCUCCCCCCUCCCCCACCUGCAUCCACACAUAAUCACAAAUUGAUCCAUGGUCCAAAGAACAUGGGUGUGGCAUGGGAUAUUAUACAAAGUCUUACAGAAGUACAGAGUGGAUCAAAAUUCACUUUUAUGACGAAAGGAACACACCCAAAGUGAAACACUGGAUAUCAAAAAAGAUCUAUUGUAAGGUUAAAAUUAGUAUUUUCAUGUACAUCACCUGUAAAAGUUUUAGAUGUGGCUAAGUUCCACUUGACCUUACUACAGGAACCAGACCCUAUGCACUCACCUUCAGUUGUUGUAAAGGAAAAGUGACAAAAUGUUGAAACACUUGUUGUGUUACUUACUGCAUGCAUGAGCAUGCGAGGCAUUGGCAAUGUUAAAAGGGAGGCCCUGAAGGAGUUUGGGAAUGGGAAUGGGAAUUGCACAAUUUUGAAUGGGAAAAAAUGGGAUUUGAAGUGAACUGUAACUGAGACACUGAGAUCUAAAAAACAUUCACCAUCAGGCUUGGAAAAUUAAGUCACUUAAGUUAUUGGUUUUGUUUUUGUCAAUAGAAAAAGAAGUCAGGCAAAUUGUGUGUUACAAUGUAGUACGUAAAAAAUGGGAUUUAAACCCCCCUACUCCACAUUCCCCCCUUCUCUUUCAAGAACCUCAAUAAGGCAUAAUCAUUCAUAAUGGCAGAAGGCAACGUCAUUUCAAUCUGAAAUUGUCUUGAUGGAACUUGAUAUUAUUUUACUUUUUUGCAGCCAGGAUUUGUGAGUGUUCCUGCAGCAGCUUCAGUUUAUGUUCAAGUCUUUGGUAGUGAAGCUCUUUGGAAUAUGCAUCAGCUGAACCCUAAACAUGUAACUACCUUUACUUUAUAAAUAUACCUUUUGUUUGACCCCAGUAGGUGGAAGGGAAUUGUAUUGCAACGGUGUGGAAGUCUCGGGGGAGUCCUUUUGCUAUUUAAGCCAUCUAUCGCGUGAUUUCUCUCUCUUUUGCCCUUCUUAGCCAGGGUACAAAUUUUUACCCUCCCACCUCCCUUUUGGGGAUGCGUAUCCCCCUCUCCAUUCUUUGUCUUAUGACCCUCUGCCUUUGCAAAAUCUUGCUUCCCAUAACUUAGUUUUGUGAAGGCAGUAAGUGGUUGUUCUGACAAUGAAAAUGAUUUACUAUUUUUAAUUUAAAUUAAACUUAAAGUUUGUUAUGUUCAUGAUAACAGUUUUAAUUUCAAGAAGUUUUAAUUUGGGUUUGAAAAUCCACCACACUCCUUUCAAUUGUCUAGGUGUUGUCUCACCCGAUCACUUGCCAGCUGAUGACCACUGAUACUCUUUUGUACAGGAUGUUGUUUUCAUUGUGAAGAAUGAUUACAGAAGUUUUUGGCCAUGGAAAAUCACCUCUAUAUACUACAAUAGUAGGAAUUCUUAUUAUGAAUAUUGUUCUAACCUUCCAGUUGGCAUGUUUAAGCUGUAACAUUUGCCUCAUAGCUACAGAGAGAUGUACAAUUUUAUGUAGAUCAGUUUAAGCCACAUGUGGUGUUAUUUGCACAAAAACAAUAUGUUUGAUGUUUUUUUCCCCCAGAUAUCUGAGAAUCAAGAUCUCAUUUUGCCAACUGAAAUGGAACAGUGUCGUGGAACAGCAAGUGCUUUUGAUCUGCAUGUUGAUGAACUCUCUGAUAAGGAAAUCAACAUUCUGUCAGCCCCUGUUCCAGUUUUAAGGUUAAAAAUGAAUUUUUGUACUUUGUAUCUUUGAAUGUAGUUUUUCCUAUUAGCAUAAUAAUUUAUACUUAUCCUCUCACCUGAGCUACAGCACAUAGUAGCACAGCACAUUAUAAUUAUCUAAAUGAUUAUUUUCUAAGAGGUGUCAUUUCAGUCAAAAACAUGUACAAUAGAAAAGAGACGUGUGACGUCACGUUACCAUGGUAGCAAAAUGUUUGGAUCACAACAAUAAUGAGCUUAAGCAAUGACGAUGGUGACGGCAACGAGAACGGCAAAAAGGGACAGGAGUGGCAACAAGAGUUUUGAAGCAACAGUUAAUACUGAUAGUCACAUCGAACUAUCUUUCUUAGCAGUCUGAGACCAUCACCCCCCACCCCCUCCCCCAUCACUGGAAAUAUCAAUCAGGGUAAAAGGGGUUUUCCGUAACGCGUUAUGGGACCCAAAUUAUCAGCGUGAUGCGUGAUCGGGCCCAAAUUAGCCGCGUGAGGCGUGACUGUGCAUAGUAGCGUGAUGCGUGUGAUGUGUGAUUUACUAUUUUCAGAACGCCUGUCGCGUGAUUUUCUUUUGAAAUUUCUGUGAUGGUUGAUAUCAUUUGAAACUAGAAGCAGAGACAUUAAAAAUAGGUAGGUAUGACACCAAGUUCUUGCCCUCUUUUCGCGUUCCUCAGACCUCAGAUUUCCUCAGAUCAAAUGAUAAUAGGAUACUUGUAAAUGUAGUUAAUAUUUUGUUUUAUUUGUCUGUGAUGCGUGAUAGCUUAAAUAAAAUCAGCAUAUCAGCUUGAUGCGUGAUAGGACCCCCUCCCCUUUGCCACCCUGAUCAAUCUCUCAUAAAAUUUCUUUUACUUAGUAUUCUCAUAUUUAUAGCUACGUACCUUGUUGUAGGAAAUUAGCGCUUUAUUAGCCUUCGUCGCGUGCGCAGACACUCUAAACCUUCUGUUUAUAUUAAGUUAUGGUUUACGCGAUACGUGGGUCGGCUGUAACCAGGCUACGCCUCAUGAAAUUAACGUAAAUUUCCAAAAUUCGCGUUAAUUUAGAUAAAACUUAAUUUCCGCGCCAUAAAUUAAGUGGAGCGUUAUUUUCCGUGAGCUUAAUUUCCAUAAUUUGGCCCCAAAUUCUCGAAACACUUUUGAUAUUCUUGACAAGAAAGAGGAACGUUUUAAUUCCAGGUGGAGAUCCGCCAGUAUCAGUAAAACUGUGAAGAUCCCUCGAAGUGGGGAGAUUUCUUCGCGUGAUCCCUUGCUUCUGCGUUUAGGGAAAGUACCACGAUCAAAGUUUCCAUUUGGAGUUAUACGAUUAACUUUGGUCCUGUUGUCUCAACAAGUUUUGUUUCUUUGUAAACGUCGCGAAAGUCGUUUUCCAUUAAGUCGCAUUAAUUUCCAAUACCUCAAAAUUUCAUGGAGCGUUAAUUUCCUGUUAGAAGAUUCACUUUCAGUUGAAAUACCAUGUUUCAAUGUGCACUCUAUCCUUUCCUAAUCUCAGGUUUGACUUCUGUAACAACAGCGCGUCUACAAAGUCAGAUUGUAUCAACAAGGUUUCUAUACCAGACACCAAAGACAAAUCGGACAGUGAUAAAACAGAGUCCUGUUAUAGUGUUCAGGCGUCUGUUGAACACUCUGGUAUUGCUCAUGGUGUGGUAAUGUGGUGGACAUUAGAUAUGGAUGUUGAUGGCGAGAUUACCCUUACGACAGCACCGCGCUGGGCACAUCCUGAUGGCGACAACAGACAGGUUUGAAUUUUGUCAGUCAGAACUCUGUUAGAAUUGUUUCAUUAAUUUUCUGCACUAGCUGAGCCAUUUUUCAAAAAUUAUGUGGUAUUUAAGCUCUAAACCUUUUAGUUGAUGGAUGAAGUCUUAUGAAGUCACCAUGCAAAUGAAAAAUCUUCAGCAGUACUUUCACAUGUACCUGUGAUUAUUUACUUCAUUAUGCUGUGCAAACUUGUUCUGACAUUUGAGUUUGUGGAUGAAAACGUAUGGUUUUACCAUUCAAAUGAAACCUCUUCAGCGGUACUUUCACAGGGCUGGGACCAGGGACCGACCAUGCUCUUGGUGGGGAAAAAGGGCAAUACAUGUCAUUCGAUGCCAAAAAAUCAGCGAUGGAAAGGGCAAAAGGGCGGCAGAGCUUGGGGCAUGCCUUUGAUGCUGACAAUGGUAUCAUGCACUGAUUGGUCAAAUAUCUCAAAUGUUUUGACUUUUGGGAUUUCAUUCAUCAGUAAGUGCAAACAUGGGCAAAGAUUUUGAGCUUCUUUUUUCUCGUUGAAAAUGCUUCGCGCGGGAGUAGAUUCAUGCUGAAAAAUGGUGGCGACAAUAACACCAGAACUUUUUUAGAAACCUUUAAAAAGUUAAAGUAAGCUAAAGGUUAUUGGAAAUACCUUAAACUUUCAUCGCCUUAGACGUUUUAUCGCGGUUAUGACGCCACCAUCUCGCAGGCUCAGAUAUCGGUGAAAAUGUGCACUCGUGUUGACGUGAAAAAACGUUAAAAAAACGCAACCCAUAAAUAGUCAUUCUAUUGCUACAAUCUGUGGCUUGUAUAUCAUACUAGAUUGGAGAAAUAAAUGAAAUGAAAGAAAUAAACCAAUGAAGCCAGGUCAAAUUAUCACUGAAAACAGCACUUGAUUCUAUGAGCUUCGUAUUAAUGUCAACUUUCAAUAUUUAUUUCUUUACACAGUGGCGGGACCAUUGGAUGCAAGCAGUUUAUUUCUUAAAACGACCCUUGCUUAUACAAGCAGGUAACUUUGUUACAACACUUUAACGGGGUACAAAAUGAGCUGUUCAGUUAGUCUCACAGUUCUGGCAAAGUGAGUUAUCUUAGCAGUUAGGUCCAAAAAAAACUAGCUUAUCUUUCUGCAAUUGCCUACAAGUUACAAAAAAUAUGAUUUUCACAUUCAUCAAAUUAUUAGUUUUAAAAUGAUCGUUAAAGUCUAAAUAUUUACAAAGGCGCAACGCCCAUUUUUUUGUGAUCUGUUCCGUUAGAAUUAACCAUGUUGACAGGUAGAAUCCCUAAUUUUAAUUUAAAAAAAUUCAAAGCGCCAAAUUUGUUCAAUAUAUUUUCAAAAAUAGCGAGAGAAUUUUUCACAACUACUCUUAACUUUUGGACAUUUUUUUGUAUCUUACUGACAGGCGAUAAAGUAAAUAUUCAGUGUUGCCAUGAUGACUACAGCAUAUGGUUCGACGUCACACCACAGAAUCGGUAAAGUACACUAAAUGAAAAGUAUUUUGCUCUAUAAACUGUGUAACUGUUGAUCAUAAUGUUGAUUUGCCAACGUAAAAGGAUUCAAAACCAUCUGCCCUUUCUCAGAGGGAGUCAACGGAUUUCUCGUUCUGUGAGGUUCAUACAGUGUAUCAUCCUCGGAGACCCAGGGGCAGUCAGUCGGGUCGGGAGAAAGGGCGCGACGAAAGUUUUCAAGUACGGGCGAAAGAGCCCCUGGGUACCGACUCUCACCGAGCUAUUUCCAAAAAUUCAAGCGGAUGCCGGCUCCUGACUGGGCACAAAAAAUGCUUUGUAUUAUUGUGCCCAAUCGGCGAACAGUUUCUCCUGUGAUUUUUUCGUGAGUUCGUACGCGACGGCUAUUAUUUCGAUCACGGCUUGGCUGGCUCAUGUACCAAAGAAAUGCACGCAGUCAGGAAACUUUCAGGUUUAUAUAAAAUCCCCAUCUGAUUUCAAAAUACUGUCUGCCUGAAAACUAAGGACGCUUUUCCAAAAAUACAAGCUUGAGCAUACAACAGGUAUUCACGCUUGCAUCGGUCACGUCUUCCGUAAUCAAUUAGGGGAUUUUUAAAGACGGCUGACAACCACGAAAACGUCGCAUGGAAAAGGGAAUUCUCAUUUUUUCAGUUUCUAUCGUGAUUAUUCCAACUCGCUUACUUUGUCAAAUGCAUGUGAACUCUUCUGGAGCUGAAUUUUUAUCAGCCAUAUCCAAGUUCAUGAAGAAAAUGAAUUUUGUGAUUGCUUGUUUACGUCCUUCACAAAACAUGAAAUUAGGUAUUUUCGUGGGUAGUCGUGCAGUUGACGGCAAAGAAAUGUACAAAGAAGUGUGAUGCACGCGCAAAGUUGUUGUUUUGCCUUGUCAAGCUAUUGCUUCUUUGACUUUCUCGUCGCCUCCGCAUUGUUAACUUCCUAUUAUUUACGAUACAUUGUGAUGAGUCAAAAACAGAAUAUUCUCGGGGCAAAUGGAAUUGCUCCUGCUGAUACCAUCCCAAACGUUUUUUCGACUCAUCGGUAGUUCCUUCGUUUCUGCUUAGGAAAGUAGAAAAUAAAAGUCUCCUUUGCUCGCAUAAGCUUUGUGAACGAACCGGGCAAGUGUGGCAAGACAAUAGCCGUCAAGUACGAACUCACGCGAAGAACUGAGGAGAAACUGUUCGCCGAUUGGGCACAAUAAUACAAAGCUUUUUUUGGGCCCAAUCAGGAGCCGGCAUCCGCUUGAAUUUUUGGAAAUAACUCGGUGAGAGUCGGUACCUAGGGGCUCUUUCGCCCUUACUUAAAAACUUUCGUCGAACCCUUUCCCCCAACCCGACUGACUGCCCCUGGGUGUCCGAGGAUGACAGUGUAUCGAACUGUGGAGCUAAGUUUUUGUUGGGAACAUUGUAACAUGGUAAAAAACAAGAAUAAAUUAGUUCGAUGAAAAACGUUAAUUGUUUCAUUUUGAAUAUUCGUAGCGUACGUCUUCAAGCGAAUUGCGGUCGUUUCGCCUGAUCUGACGGCUUUCGCCAGGAAUUAAGUCUUUUCGCCCGAUGACGUACAACACUCUACAACAUGGUGAACAUACUUCUCUGAGGUGUUGUUUUAGUUAACCUUGGAUUCCACAUGUGCAGUCACUCUCUUUCCAUGCAUAUUCCUUGUUUCAGCCUUAGAGAACAACAAAUACACUUCGGGGGAAUCGACUUACUCUGGGCGAACAGCUAUCGCGCGAGUCGACCUUCGGGCGAAACGACCUUUUAGACUUGCCGAAUGUAGUAAACUGUUUGUGGUGUGGGUUUCAACAUCUAAUAUUUUUCGAAAACUUUAAAAGAGGCUUGCAUGGCUAUACAUAUGAAGUUAUAUAUUGUCUUUGUUCAAUAUUUUUUUAAUCCCUUUAGAAUUGCAGCAACGGUUGAUCGUCCUUUGUGCACGUGCGGUGCCCAUGUCACUUGGAGUCGACAUAGAUUUGCCAUGUUGAAUGACAGGCAAAGAAGUCGAGCAUUCAGGCAAGCACUGAAACAGGUAAAUUUACACAUACCAGAGCCUGCGUGGCAGUAGUCUGUUACACAGCCGUUUCACUGUGGGGAGGAGCGUUGUGUGACGACACUAAAAACGGCUGUGUAACAGUCAAGCGUGGCAACCACCUAGUUUCUCUCCGAACGUGGCGUAAUUUCCCGAAAAGCUGCGAGCAGUAAGAGGCAUAACAUUACACGAACUGGGGGGACUAAAAUCUCUAUCUUUGAGACUCAAACAAAAGCGUCUCCAGUUUGCUGGUCAUUGCUAUCGGGCAGGUAAAGAGAUAAUCUCAUCUCUCAUCCUCUGACGCCCAGUGGAUAGAGUGCAGUCACGUAAGCUAACAUACUUGGAAGUGAUUACUAGGGUUUCAGGACUUGACUCCAAGGGCCUGAGUACAGCGAUGGCGAACCGUGGUGUUUAGGACGAAAGCUCCAUCAAUGUCCCGUCCACUCAGGUGGUCGAAGGACGAUGAUGAUGACAUGCACAAAGGUGAAGUCUCUUGCUGCGGGCAAUCCAUACUACCCCCAUUUUUCCAUACUGCGCGACAAUAUUAGUUGACAACAUCUUUUAUCAGGAACAUUUUAUGGUGAAAAAGACUUCCGGCAGUAAAUAGCAAAACGCUGAAGGCCGUGUUAUAACUAGCCUCCCACGCAGGCGUUUUUAGGGGAGCUCGUUUUUCAUCCCUCCCCACAAACGCCUGCUCAACCAAGAACAACAUUCCUUUUUCAAGCUUAGCCAAUCACAUUGUACUUUCCAAAUUCUGGAAAGUUGACCUUGACCGCAAGGUAAUCUGAUAAUUACUCGAUCUGCAUGAAACACUGGGAAAUCUUUCUGACCUCUAAUAAAUGUUAGAUUUAGAGCGGCAAAAAUAAGAUUUAGUCAAAUUUUAGAAUACUCCGUGCACUGCAUAACCUUAGCAAAGGAAAGAAAAGAAGGAAAACGGUAACUCUAGGGUCACGUUCAGUCGUGUUUAGCCUGUCAACACUUUAUUGCACAAUUGUUGAUUGGUCACUUACCACGCAAAUAAAACAAUGGGAAAGGAAUGUUGUCUUCGGUUGAGCAGGCGUUUGUGGGGAGGGAUGAAAAACGAGCUCCCCUAAAAACGCCUGCGUGGGAGGCUAUGUUACAACUUUUUCGAAGGAAAAAAGAAAAUUCCGAAACUGAUCUUUUUUGUUUUGUUUGGUUGAAGCUUGUUGCAGAAGGAAACUCACGAUGCCUAAGCAUAAGUGACGGGUCAUUACUCCCGCUGUUGGCUGCAAAAGCUGGCUUUGAUAAGGUAGGUUUCAUGCAAAGAACAGGCCCAACGCAAUUGCAGUCAUCUUUAUGUUCCAAUUUCAACGAAGACGACCUCGCCCUCAAAAGGAACGCGUUCACUUUGCGCAACAUGUUUAAACGUUCACCUGGUAAAAAGAAAGAUGACUAUUCAGGCCCGUAUUUACAGAAAUGGGUAACAGUAAAAGCAAAGCGUAUUUUGACCAGCACUGUGAUAGCUUGUUUGGAAGCGUUUUCUACUCUGGUUCAGAGUAAGAGAAAAAUUUUCUUAUCCACUUGUCCCUCGGACAAGCACUAUAUUAAAUUUACUUGUCCAGUACCCAAGAGUUCUUAUCCAAAACGUUUUGCCAGGUUCCUAAGCCAAAUGGAGCUCGUAAAAACAAAUGAAAUGGUGGCGGUAUUGCAAAGUUAAAAGGAAUACUUAACCUUAUUUUGUCAAGUAUGAGGUUUGCUUUUAUGACUGUAAGGUAAAUUUUGAUUCUACAGUAAUUUGAAGUCAAUUUUCAACUGUUCCCGAACUUUUUCUAAUUAAAAAUCUGCUUGUCCCACGGACAAGUCAUGUCAAAGGUUUACAUGUUCGAACUAAAUUUCUACCUGUCCCGGACAAUCGGACAGAGGUUUUGGCGCACCUGGCGGUUUACGGUAUUUCGUGCCUUUUUCUUGAACUGUUAUGGAUUUGCAACGGCGUCUUAGAAUACAAACUCGAUCAUUAUAUUAUCUUUUCAGGUUAUCGCAGUGGAGUCCUCUGUGCUUUAUCAGAAGUUUCUUAGGAAGGUGUGUAUUGUAUACGCCAUUUAUUGCUAGCCUGUAGGGUCUGUGCAAUUAUUUUGGGAAGGGGACGCUGCACAAUGAGCGUCAUAUGAAGAAAUAUUGGGUAAUACCCCACCUAACAGUUUAGCUCUCACACCCUCCUGAUUCGUCAGAAGUUUUGUCUGACCACCCCCUCGCCCCUUCCACCCUCCAUUGGCACUUUCUCGUUGUACAGGAGGUUUGAUCAUCAAAUAACGUAAUAAAAGAGUUAAAAGGACAUUCAGCAGUUAAUCCACAUCACAACACAAAGCUUACUCGCAUUAACUAGGGAAUAUAUACGUCUAACCAACGAUUGUUUCGGUGUACAGUGCCAAAAAACAAAUUGGGGGUGGGGGGGGGGGGGGUCUUAACUCUGUACUCUCUAUCUUCCACCUUACUAAGACGUUUAACAUUUAUCAGUUGUUCGUAUUCAGCAUGCCCAGUUGAUAGUCACUCUCUGUGAUUAUUUCUUCCAUAUCAAUGGAUAUUUGUUUUAGCUCAACUUCCAUCAGCCUCUUGGUCGAUUUGUUUUUUUAAACUGUUUAUUUUCUUACAGUUAAUAAAUUUGAAUGGACUAGGUGAAACAAUUGAAGUUCUGGACAAAGAAGCAGCAAACCUCCAAGCUAAAGACUUAUCCACUGAUCAGGUAGAGAGAUGUCUUCCCCAUUUUGCUCCACAUGAGUUCCAUAUUUCACGCAUAGUCAGGAUUCUCAUUAAGUGCCGGCAGCCGGCUAAAAAACCGGCUACUUGGAGGUUUGAGCCGUCUACUUUUUGGGCAAAUAGAGUAAAGUUAGAGAGUGAAAGCCUGAAAUUGCCUACAGCACUCCGUUACCAAGCCGCCUACUUUAACAUCCUAGCUGUCUACUUGAAAAAUUAAUGAGAACCCUGAUAGUGUUCGAUAGGUUUUGAUUCCAUUUUGCUCAAUGCAUUUAUCCCUUUAUCAUGAACAGUUUCUUUAAAGCAUAUAGCGUACUAGACUAGAAAGGUACUUAUCUUCUUUUAACAACCCUCUUAGAAAGAGAUUUGGAGGUGCAAUGAUUUCUUAAACUGCGGUGAACCUGAGUUAGUCUCCGUUGCAAAAGCCGGCCUUAGACUUUAACUGUAGCUGCUGUUGUUGGGACUGGAACAAUGUUUCUGUUGGUUUUGUCUGGUGCUUUUUCUAAGUCUAGGUAGCCAUUCAUUUUAGACCUUAAAAGACACCUGUCACAUGUCCUAUCCACACUGUGUCACAGGGGCUAAGUCACGCCAAGGAUAUUCCUGUUUUAGGUCAAUUUUAGGCUGAAGCCAUUACUCAGUACCUUGAACCCUUGAACCAUACAGUUUCAAUGCCUGAAUAUAGUCUUAACAAAACUGGACCGUUAUUUUUAGAAUUCAAUUGAUCAGAAGAUAUAUUCUUGCUUUUCAAAAUGAUAGCAAAUAGCGUGAAGUCCUCAUAACAUCGUGUCAUGUUUGUAGGUUGAUGUCAUUUUGGGUGAACCAUUCUUUACUAGCGCAUUGUUUCCAUGGCAUAACUUAUACUUCUGGUAUGCCGCAUCGAGUGUUGCUCAAAUAACCAGACCAGGGGUGAAGAUACUGCCUCGCGGAGCAACGCUAAAGGCAUUAGCAGGUAUUUAAUGAAUUGCAUAUACAUGUAAUAGUGAUACUCGUUAUGAUAGUUAUUGUGGUAAUGAUAAAAGCAAUGAUAAUAAUUGCGAUAUAUUAUGCAAUAUGUGAUAAUUAUAAUAAAUAAAUUAUUUAAAAUUUAAUAAUUAUUAUAAUUAUGAAAAUUGAUUAUGACUGUUAUUAUGGUCUGGUCAAUUUUCAGUGGACUUUGAAGAUCUUUGGAAGUUCCAUGCUCCAGUGAAUACAGUGGAAGGAUUUGAUGUGUCUUUGUUUGACAAACUUAUUGAGGUAGUGAAUGGAUUAAAACAAUUUUUUGCUACUCUGCAUGGGUGUAGUUCACGAUUUAUAUGACGCAGUUGGUACGUUUCAUGGCUGAUAUCGUUUAAUUAAUGGUCUCCUCUUUGCGUUCUAUACAUUUCUGUUAUAGCAAUUAAAGACACGGCAAAAAACUUCCUCCAGACAUUAAGAGGCAGUCUCCCUAAAAGCGGUCCACUCGAUUUCGCGACAAAAAAUACUUUUGCUUUAUUUUUUGUCGGUGAAGAGGCUUUAGUAGGUGUAUACUAAAAUCGCUAUUUUUGUUUUCAAAUGCUUAUUCUUAGCUCUGCUACAAGCCAAAAACGAAUUGAGUCCGUCUCGGCUUCUCAGAGAGUGUUUCGAAGACUAAAAUAGAUGGAUUUUGAAAAGCGCGUUGCAAACAACCGAAUGCCCGCAAAAAAAAUCUGUUCAAUUCAGUUUUUUUAGUUAACCUUCGAUAGUUCACAGGCUAAAUAAAAAUAUCUUUGAUCAAAACGUGUUCAAGUUACAGUGGUUCAAAGAAUACCUAUUUUGCAGGCUUGAUCGAAACCUUGAAAGUAAGGAAGAUUUGAGGCAAAAUAUCUCAAAAGUUGCGGCCUAAAUCUGGUUCAAAAAUCAUAUCAAAGUAAAGUUUUAAGCUUAUUUUUUUGGUUUAUAGGCUCGGACUUGCGGGUAUCUUCUGGGAUUGCAACCAACAGUAGGUUAUAAUCUGCCAUUUUGCGUAUUUGCAUAAUUACAGGCCGUGUCAGAUGUCAUGAUUGGACAGGUUAAAAGUUCCAUAAAAUUGCCUCUUUUGACACUUGAAUUCAUCUCCGGCCUCUAAAAGAAAGUAAUUAAGCUUCUUUAAGUACUUUUGAAUCGAAUGAGAUAUACUAACAGGGAUGGUCAUGCAUGUUACUGAUUACCACGAUCAACUGGCGGGCGCCAUCGUCUUGUAACUACCUGCACUGAACAGUAAACAAUGUUUUUAAUAGAAUUCUCUAGAUCAGAAGUUGAUCCAAGCUCUCUAAGGAAUGAAACUAAAUAUCACUACCCCGGGAUACAAAACAUGUACAAGAAAGGCAACGUAGAAUUUUAAGUUCUUUCCGCAAUUUCAGAGUGAAUUUCACCGCGGUGCAUAUAAAAGUUCAUAAAUUAUUGUAAUAAUCAGGCUGUUUAAAAACGUUUGACGCACAACAAAAACAAUUAGUCAUUUACCGUUUUAUCUGUUCUCGGUAAAUAAGACGCUUACCUUUACUUUAGAUUCUUGAUGGAAGAAGUCUAUCCAGGCAGCUGAAGUUAGGCAGUUUCGUUUCAAAAUCAAAUCAUAGCGUGAUAGUGUCACGUAAUGUUAUGGUCACGUGGCUACGUAACCCGUCGUGCUCCAAAAUUUUUGUGAUAAACGAAAUUUCUGCUUCUCUCCCGAAAAAAAAAAGCCCUAAUUGAAUGAGUCUUUAAGUUGCACAAAAUGCAUAUUACACCAAGAAAUUUGUAUUGGUAAUGAAUCAUUAUUUUCACGGCAUGGACUCCGCCCUUCCAUUUUUUUUUAGGCCCGGCCCGCAUAGGAGGGGUGAGGGUGGGGGACGGUGGGAUACCAAUAUACCCGCUUUUGUCCUCAUAAGAUACCAAUAUAGCUAAAGAUUUGUAAAACGUUUGAUACCGAAUGCCUGAAAUUACCUUGAAAAAGAAUACUAUUUACCUAAAUAAGGUAUUUCAGGACUGAGACAGACCGUCCAACCCGGCUUUUUUAUUUAUCUCAGAAUCUAGUAUCAGCGUCCAAAGACAAGGAGCGAGCCGCUACGGGCGGGGUAAGGCGGCAUGCUCCCCCAGAGACGCCAUUUCUAUAGUGUUCUUAGCCUGCGUAGCAGGCCCUUGAAAGUAGUGGACGCAAGAAAGAACGGGUGUUUCCGCGUGUCUCUCUUGCGCGCCCGUUCUUUUUUGCACCCACUACCUUCAAGGGCGUGCUACGCAGGCUAUGUGUUCUGACAAGGUCCUGCCUUUGUUUAUAAUGCUCAUACAGAGCCCACUGCGCCUGUCCUCAACUCUAACGACUCUAGGAAACUGUAAAGCUUCCGAAGGUAUAUUAUCCUUAAAGCUCGCAUUUGGACCCGCUCUAUUGUACUAGGCAGAUGGGCAGGAAGGGCGUUACAUCAAGCCACGCAACAUUGUACUCUAGGACGUAACGUAAGACAGCGACGCAGAUAGCCGCAAGGUCCAUUGCACCAAUUUCCUGGGCAACCCCCCCCUGCCUCGAACCUUGUGCGAACGAACUGUUUUGAGUCUGGACCUUGUCAACCGGAUUAGAGAUCAUUUAUCUAUUUAUUUUAUUUCGCACUAAAAUUCCGUAAACCUGAAAAAAAUUGAGCCCAGAUACCUGAAAACCCAAAACCCCCGGCCAGACCUAUCUCCUUUAGAACGUCAAAAUCACGUAACCCGGAUGUCAACGAGACGUCACAUUAAAAUACUCUACAUGGAAUCUACAAGACUCCCUGUAGGUGCAUUUUUAAAGACUAUUACAUCCGUUCUUUGGAAACGUUUUUGUCCUACUAACUAUUUUGGCCUCUUAUAUGGGACAUUCUAAGUUGACAGCAUAAGGGAUUAGAGACCAGGUAGCACAGGCCACCCCACCAGGUUCCUAAUCUCAAUUGUUGCACAUGCGAUUUCACUUCUUCAAGCAACAAACUUAAAAAACAGGAAUCAAAUUUUGCUCUAAAAAUUAUGCUUUGCCAAGCCCGAGAAAUGAAUUCACAUGUGCAACAAUUACAAUUAGCGACCAGGCAGGUUGGGGCAAAAGGGUUGGUAGGUCACCUCUCUAAUCUUUAUACUGUACGUGAAUGUUAGAAUUGUACCAUAUAAGAGGCCAAAAUAGUCAAUACAAGAAACUGGUUUGAAAUGAACGGAUAAAAGAAGGUUCAAGAAAUGCACCUAAAGCCAACCUUACACCUCGUUGGCAUACUAACGUGAUUCUUGAAAACGUUUUAAAGGAAGGGAUUGAUAUAGCCUGCAAGGCGUAUUUUGCUGUGUGAUCGAUUUGAACUUUCGAUUGACCGGGAGUUGGGGGGAGUCAAAAAGUGAUUCCAAGGGAGAGGUUGCCUGCUAUCCUCAUCGGGUCGCGCGAUAAAAAAAAAAAACGCCUGGGCGAGGAUUAAUAAGGCCAGUGGUACCAUGCCGUAGAAAAUGAUUCAUUACCAAUACAAAUUUCUUGGUGUGAUACGCAUUUUGUGCAAUUUAAGGAGGAAAAACUCAUUCAAUUAGGACUUUUUUUUUUCUGGAGAGAAACAGAAAUUUCGUUUAUCACAAAGAUUUUGGCCACCGACGGGUUACGUAGCCACGUGACCAUAACAUUACGUGACACUAUCACGCUAUGAUUUGAUUUUGAAACGAAACUGCCUAACUUCAGCUGCCUGGAUAGACUUCUUCCAUCAAGAAUCUAAAGUAAAGGUAAGCGUCUUAUUUACCGAGAACAGAUAAAACGGUAAAUGACUAAUUGUUUUUGUUGUGCGUCAAACGUUUUUAAACAGCAUGAUUAUUAAAAUAAUUCAUGGACUUUUAUAUGCACCGCGGUGGAAUUCACUCUGAAAUUGCGGAAAGAACUUAAAAUUCUACGUUGCCUUUCUUGUGCAUGUUUUGUAUCCCGGGAUAGUGAUAUUUAGUUUUAUUACUUAGAGAGCUUGGAUCAACUUCUGAUCUAGAGAAUUCUAUUAAAAACAUUGUUUACUGUUCAGUGCAGGUAGUUACAAGACGAUAGCGCCCGCCAGUUGAUCGUAUUAAUCAGUAACAUGCAUGACCAUCCCUGUUAGUAUAUCUCUUUCGAUUCAAAAGUACUUAAAGAAGCUUAAUUACUUUCUUUUAGAGGCCGGAGACGAAUUCAAGUGUCAAAAGAGGCAAUUUUAUGGAACUUUUAACCUGUACAAUCAUGACAUCUGACACGGCCUGUAAUUAUGCAAAUACGCAAAAUGACAGAUUAUAAUCUACUGUUGGUUGCAAUCCCAGAAGAUACCCGCAAGGCUGAGCCUAUAAACCAAAAAAAUAAGCUUAAAACUUUUCUUUGAUAUGAUUUUUAAACCAGAUUUAGGCCGCAACUUUUGAGAUAUUUUGCCUCAAAUCUUCCUUACUUUCAAGGUUUCGAUCAAGCCUGCAAAAUAGGUAUUCCUUGAACCACUGUAACUUGAACACGUUUUGAUCAAAGAUAUUUUUAUUUAGCCUGUGAACUAUCGAAGGUUAACUAAAAAAACUGAAUCGAACAGAUUUUUUUUGCGGGCAUUCGGUUGUUUGCAACGCGCUUUUCAAAAUCCAUCAAUUUUAGUCUUCGAAACACUCUCUGAGAAGCCGAGACAGACUCAAUUCGUUUUUGGCUUGUAGCAGAGCUAAGAAUAAGAAUUUGAAAACAAAAAUAGCGAUUUUAGUAUACACCUACUAAAGCCUCUUCACCGACAAAAAAUAAAGCAAAAGUAUUUUUUGUCGCGAAAUCGAGUGGACCGCUUUUAGGGAGAGUGCCUCUUAAGGUCCUUUCUUAAACUUUGAAGAGCAGCAACGUGUGAACCUUUUUGUGGCUUGAUAUGGAGAAAAAUUCUUCCCGGGUAGAAGGUCACUCGCCCACCAGAGUUUUUGACAUUUCCUUACAAAACUUACUGAGCCGUUUACAUAAGAAACAAAACGUUGUUUCAGCUAGAAGAGUGAUCCGCUUUGCCGGGUCACGCCUUCUAAAUGGUAGGGUCACCCUCCUAACCGGACCAACUUUGGCUCUCCCAGCCGGGUCAACAAAUGUUUAUACAGGGAGGCUCCGCCUGAGGUCCAAUCUAUGUCGCUUUUAUAGACCAUUUUUCCCGAAAAAGGUGCCCCUCUCGUUUACCUUCUAUCCACAAAUUGUACCACUUUCAUACACCUUGUUUAGAACUUUACAUCCUUUGUAACUGCUGUAAAUGCAAUCACUCACAAAAAUAGAACGUUUUCUCGACUUUAUAACGCCAUAAAAUUCAUGUGUAAUCAUGUUUUGGGCCCUUUCACAGACCCAAAUGACAGAUUUCCCUACCCAUUUGUAUACUUCAACGAGUAAAAUCUCUACCCUUUCAUAUACCUGAAGCAUGAAAAAGAUACCCCUUUCGGGCGGAGCCUCCCCGUACAGGCCAUCAUAGGAAGUCCGCCCCGCCCCGCCCCUCCCCUCCGCCGCGUUGGGCUGUAUUUUCAAAACUCAAAAUGUGUUGUUAUUUAAUCUCAAAUCAACGGAUUUUUUUGUUUCAAUACAGGGUUCAAAGCUAAAAAAUGAAGGUAUUAAUAACGAAAAAAGUCAUGGAAUAGCUCUGGAGCCUCAUCAUGUUUGGGAGUACCCCUGCCGGGCGCUAACUCAAGAUUCCACCAUCAUGACUUUUGACUUCACGAGAAGUGUACCCGCCGAAAAAAUUAAGACGGAGGGGGAUAUCAAAAUACUAAGGUAACUCUGUGAAUGGCACAUGUGGGGAGAAGCUGACUCGUCUCCAGUCGUCUCUCACUCUCUCUUCCUAGUGGCGCGCGGGGCGAAGACGACUGGGGACGAGUCAGAGGAAGAAAUGUUCCAUUUGUCAGUUCUCAGUUUUUAUUUCACUGUCACGCAACGCCUGGCUGGGCCACGACUGGGCUUCGCUAUUCUUUACUCUAUUGUUGGUCCGCUACCCUGUUGUUUGUUAAGCCAGUUAUAUGGAACGGUCAUUUUGGCGCGAUUUUUGUAACAGAGCGAAGCUGCGUAGCGCCGAACGUUGAAAGUGGAACGUCGCAUAUCGGAUGGGUUUCUUCUACUCUUAUCAAGAGGGUUAUUAGUGAGGCUUCUCUAUUCCCCCUUCUUUUAUUUAUUUACUACCGUGACAUGUCUUAAAUACCUGGUGUUUUAGUUUGUGAUAGUUUAAUUGUAGUAUACAUUUGUUUCUCUUUUCUUCGGGUACUCCGAUUCCCCUCUUCUCCAAAACGAACAUUUUUCAAAUUCCAAUUCGACCAGGAAUCAAGUAGACUAAGAGCCACAAAGUGGAUUUACUACCGGCUAAAUCUUUAUUUUUUAUUUACUUAUUUAUUUAUUUAUUUAUUUAUUCAUUCAUUCAUUCAUUCUUAACAAGGCUCCUUUUUUCAGCUCCGGGACUCUUCACGGUAUUGUAAUAUGGAUGGAGUUUCAUCUCACCGAUGACAUAACCGUCACAACAGGAUUACAAAAGGUAACAUUUUUCACGCCAGUUAGUCACUCAAGUUUAAGCGAGUAGAGUAGGACAGAUCUAGGACAUUAGUAUCGGGAGAGGGGAAGCGAGGGGAGGGUAGCCAGUUCCGAAUUUUCCACGGGGUGCUUCGAAGAAAGCUAACUUCACGUUGUAGAAAAAAAUAAAUUUGACAUAUUCUUAUAUAUCUUAGAUAGUUGAUGCUACUCUUAAGGCAAAAAAUUCAAAUUGCGCUACUCUAAAAAAUAGUUAGCUGGCUCACUGCCCUUAUAUCUUCCAGCAUCUACCUGCGGUUUGGUGAAGAGUAAAGACGUUGUUCUAAUCUACUAGCCUAACCUUAACACCUACUCCCUUUCCCCACCAGACACACUCACAGACAUACCCUAAAUUCGGCUCAUGUUAGAAUCUGGCUAUAUGCUGAGCCGUUUUUCAUUUGUCUCUGCAGAGUUUUUCAAGUUUGUGUCUUGUGAAUAACACUAUUAGAUUUGUAAAAUACCAUACCUACCCCGGUAAAGUGAUUUGUCUGCAAGACCCCAUUCUGCACGCUUUGCCUGCUGACCCCCAACUCUUACACUCAGGUUCAGUUCAUUUUGUCACGCGCUAUGGAACGUAGCGCUGGCAAAGAAGUUACUUGUAAAUCUUCUUCAGCUUUGUCCAUCUGUGCCUUCUUUUGUAUUUGCCUUGUUAUUUAUACUUUCUUUUAAUGUUUGAUCGGCUAUUUUUGUCUUUCACUCAAUUUGGUGGAAGUUUGUACUGUUUGAAUUUCGAUAAAUUUCGUGGGCACUACUCCUUUAACUUUAACGUGUCAUUUUCUUUGUCAUUUUCGUUCUUAUAGAAUCAAGAAGUGAACGGCAAGUUGCAGCCAAAGUUGCGCUGGGUUCGUCAUACUAAACAAGGCGUAUAUUUCAUUCAGUCACCGCCUCGAAUUGAAGAUGAGGCUCUCAUAAAUGAAAACAUUCCCCGUGUUCGAUAUUGUGUUGGUUUUGAACCAGCUUCUGGAGAAAUAGACUUUGACUUUCAGCUCUGUGCAAGUUAAGAAAAUCACAUUGAUCUGCUCUUUGCAGGCUAUGAGCCACCCUGCCUGUCAACACAGCCUAGAGUGCCUCACACGAGAAAGACUCACAAUGAAUCGAGCAAGAUCUUUGUUGAGAACGCGCGGAAUCUACCUAGGAUAUAGUUUCGAACCCAGGCAUAAUAGCCGUGUGCUCGCUACAGGGGGCUUGGUUCCGAGCAUCGGUUUGUCAAUAAAAGGAUGCUCGCACUCGAGGAAACCAGUUUGACCAGUUUGGCGUGCGGCGACCUCACAGGUUUGACGUGAUUCAGGCAGAGCCACACGAGUCUUCUCUUCUCUUCCUCACUCAAGAAAGCAAAACGAACUUCUGCUCGCAUGGUGGCUAUGACCCUUUAAGAAAGUGUUCCGGCUGAAUUAGUUGUUUAUAUUUAAAUAUAUGAUGACAUACAAUAAAAAGAAACGUGAC